AUUUAUUGAAAUUCUCGCUUGACUUCACGUUAGCAUUAAUCUUUGGAUGAGAACGAAUUAUGUAUUUCAAACAUGUGUGAUGGAGUGUUUGACCGCAAAUGUGUGAAGUGUUAUGAACCGUAUGAACUGUUGUCAAGUUUCCUUUCAACACGUCAUAGAGACGAUCUUGGACAACUGGACGACUGACCCACGCAGCUGUGGACAAAAAUGGCGAUUUUCAGGAUACGUAAAACCGGCGCCUUUUAGGAUAAACGUUCAUCAAAAGCACGGUUAAUUUAAAGGACUCCAGAGAUCUACAUUUAUAUAUAAGGGUUGAUUUUCAGCUCAGGAGUAACGUUGAAAAACGCUGUCAAGGCUAAUCCGUUUUUUAUUACAUACAUCAAAACCAGGACAAUGUUGAGGAUACCGUAUAUAUACUAAGCACCGUGAUAUAGGUUGGAUGGCUGUCUUGGCUAUUUGUACAUCCAUGCACCUUCCGAGUUAACAGCAUGUCCACCCAGCUUACGACGCCAGAAAGCGACGCUAUUUGAAGGCUCUCCCAAUAACUGCCGGUGGAACUUUCGAAUCAGAAAAUGCAUCACCUGGUUCUGUCUGGAGACGUUCAAAUGCGUCAAUCAGAGUGUGUUACUUGGCCGAUCAGGCUUCGUGUCAAUUCCUUUUUUAAAACGGUCUCACUUUCGGCAUAAUGCGAUUGUCGCGGAGAGAGAAAGUCUGCGAUGUCGCGUUGCUAUGACGGAGAUAAGCUUGCUGAACGACCUUUGGUCAGCUUACGCAAAAACCCCAUCAUCAAUUAAGAAAACCUUGAAAUUCAUGGCAAUAAAACGCACUACACACAACAUGUACUUUAGCAGUAUUCUGUAGGCUAUUUAUUCCGUAAACCGAACUGUGAUAAUAAAAUGCUUAUGCACUGAAUUAUCUCAGCAAAUAAAAACGUGCUCCAACUAAAACUAUCUUUGAAAAAGAUAGGUAACAGCCGUCAUAUUUGAAAAAAUCACUUAAAUGGACAAACGUUUCUAAAUGUAAGAAUAUCAGAUUGCACUGCAAACCAGCUGUAUCGAAAAGAUCAAUGGCCAGGAAACGAUUUUACAGCGAAAGCAAUUUCCUCGGUGUAUUCGUCAUGGCGGCAGUAUUGCACAGUCGAAAGUUGUUGAUCGGUGAAGUUGCAUGAGCGACCUUUUGACUAGGCUGAAUUGCACGAUUCUCACUGGAGUACACGGAAAUCCAUUUGAGCUCGAGCCAGAGGAAUACGAGUCCUGUAGUUGAGUUGACACCGUAACGACUAAAAGAGCAGCAUGAAAAGAGUUUCUUCGUCGUGAUUGCGCAAGCACUUUCAAAUGGAUGACUUUUUAUACUGUGUUCCUUCGACUUAGUCAGUCUCUCUUGUGCGAACGAAUGGUCCAGGGCCAUUUACGUCCUUCAAUGGUCCUAUUACCACAACAUUUUUCAAAGGAUAGUCAAUUAUUGCCAAGUAUCAUGCUUAUGCUUUGUCCGCCGUAAGUCGGAAUUUUUCAGUAUUUGGAAGGAAUAAUUUUGGUGUGAACUAUCAUACAUGUAGGAAGUUAAUAAAAUGACUUCAUUGACAUCUGUGAGUAAAGCAUUCAAUCAAACCGACAGGAGAAUGUUGAGAUUGGUGUUAAUCAAAACCUGAAUUUCUGCGGAUAGUUGAAAGUAGACUCAAGGAUGGCGAAACAGUUCAGAGCCUUAGGUCAUAGGAUCGUGCAUAUGAGCGAGGAAGCCAAAGGACAACUGCUAAAUAACUCAAUAAAAAUGAAUGCCCAAAAUGCAGUUGACGCUGGGCGGAAGGUUAGCAACAAUAAGAACCAUAAAGAAAAAAAAUUACCUGUCCAGGACGCCUCACUUAAUAUAUUUGGAGAUUCCCUCUUGACGGACACAGAGCGGAGGUUCCUUAGUUCAGCAGAAAGUGGAAUACUGAAAGUAGUUCGGCAGUCGGUUGAGGAUAAUUGCAACCUUAACAUAAACUGUGUCGACAUUUUAGGACGGACCGCAUUACAACUCGCAGUGUUACAAGAACACUACGAUGUAAUCCAGUACCUUUUAGGAAAGUGUAAGCUGGAAGUGAUAGAAGACGCUCUACUACACGCAAUCAAAAACGGUUCUGUGAAAGUUUGUGAGAUAUUUCUAAACCAUCCGAUUUAUAGCAACCCUCAGAGACGAAUACAGUUGGAAUUGACGCAUGGCUUUUACGACCAUGAAGACAAUAAUUCCGACUUCUCACCCGAUAUCACUCCAAUUGUACUAGCAGCUCAUUGUAAUAAUUUCGACAUAGUUUUCCUACUGAUUCAAAAGGGAUUUCUGAUACCUAAACCCCAUCAUUACUUCUGCCAGUGCACGGAAUGUAUCAACCAUAAGGAGUUUGACCGCGUGGUCCACUCGCGCUCAAGACUGAAUGCUUACAAGGGCCUGACCAGCACGGCAUACAUGUCCCUGUCAAGUGAUGACCCAAUUAUGACGGCGUUCGAACUCAGCCAAAAUCUCACCCACUUAGCCGAGAAAGAAAAAGAGUACAAGAAUGAGUAUAAGGAACUCAGUGAUAAAUGUAAGAACUUCGCUGUUGACCUGCUGGAUCUGUGCCGAACUGAAGCCGAGGUUCAUGCUGCUCUCCAUGGUGAUAAAGGCGUGAAUGAUCUCAGCCGGAUCAAGCUCUCCUUACAAUACGAAGAAAAACGAUUCAUUGCUCAUGCCAGUACCCAGGAACAUCUCAUGGGGAUGUAUUAUGCAGAUGUGCCCUAUCUUCGCCAUCAAAAGUCCGUCACGCUUCUCCUGCUCAUGCCGCUAGGAAUGGUCCUAAUGCCCUUCUUCGCCGUUCUUUACUUCUUUGCCCCUAAAUCAAGGCCUUCCCAGAUCAUGCGCAUCCCGGUAGUGAAAUUCAUGAACUUUACCAUGUCCUAUUUUCUGUUCCUGAUCUUGCUGUUCAUUGCAACCGGUCUGUCAGGAUCGGACAAGACAGACAUCUUUUACGGAGACUAUGCACCUGUCUACAUCAUACUAGCGUUUUAUGUAGCGGGAAUGUUCUGGGCCGAGGUGAAGGAGCUGUGGGAGGAGGGCGCGUAUAACUACAUCCACGAUAUCUGGAACCUCAUGGACAUAUGCAUGAUCGCAUUCUACACGUCGGCGUUCACCCUCUGGACGGUUCGGGAGUUCAGGCAACGCAGCGCCUUGCGGGACGCACAACUGAUGAAUCCGAAUGUAGUAAGGUCUAAUCAUACAUUCGAAGAUAGCGAUCCAAGCACGAUAGACCCAGAGGUUCUCGCCAACAUUGUGUUUUCCGUCGCUAACGUGCUGAGUUUCAGUCGCAUUGCGUACCUCCUUCCCGCCACUGAACAGUUCGGCCAGCUCCAGAUAUCCUACGGGAGAAUGAUACAAGAUGUGGUCAAGUUUCUUAUGAUCUAUGCUACCAUGUUGAUUGCCUUCCUGUGCGGCCUGACCAGUUUGUACAGUCUUUAUGGAAAUGGCACGAACUACGACAACAACCAUUUUUCUGGCAUCGUGGAAACCUUCCUCACGCUAUUCUGGUCCACCUUUGGUCUGGGCAAUGCCGAAGCGCCGCGCCUCAGUCCCAUAGACAACAAUGAUGUCUACGUGGAGGUAUUACCGGUCGGGGACAACCUUGUGGUGAUUGUCGGCUAUGUCCUCUACGGGAUCUACAUCAUGUUCACGGUGGUUGUACUCAUCAACAUGCUUAUUGCCAUGAUGAGUAGUACCUUUGAGGAGAUCAGGGCUGAUGAGGACACAGAGUGGAAGUUUGCUCGUGCGAAACUUUGGCUGAGUUACUUCGAUGAGGGGACAACUUUACCUAUUCCAUUCAACAUCAUCCCAACGCCAAAAUCAUUUUAUAAAUUAUUCAUGAAAAUCAAACGAUUAUGCUGCGUGAAAUCAGAUGACCCAACGAAGGAACACUCCAGUGAGACUGACUCUGCUAAAGUGAAGAGCAUGUUUGGCAAAAGUGACUAUCUGGGAAUAAUGAAACGAAUUGUGAUGCGGUAUGUCCACACGAUGAAGCUAGGCAAGAAGGGAAGAGGAAAAGAAGAUCUUCAAGACUUUAAAGAAGGGAUGUAUAGCCAGUUAGAACAGUACCACGCCAAGCUGGAAAAGAAGCUAAAUGCGGUCAACAGCGCUAUUACAUUCGUCGAAACUGAGGUCCUGACGCUUGAUAGGAAAAUCUCGGAACUCUUUAAUUGCGAGAUGAUGGCUGACCCGAGGGAGGAGGUAUUUGAGGAGGCACAGGAAGAUAAGGUCCCAGAUGAAGAGGAGGAGGCGAACAAAAUUGCUGCAAAAUGUCCCGAAACCCCUAAGUGGAACCAGGGCCGGUUCGUGAAAAAUCCGAAUAAACGCUACGGGACAAAUUUAUCCGUGUUUGUGCAGAAUUCGAUCUAUGGAAGCAGUAGUGGGGGUUCAUUGCAAGGGAAUGGGUUGCCGGAUGGGUCAUGUUCUGUCAAGGAAGGGGACGAUGGACAGGGAGAUUCUGACAUGCCUACCUCUGCUAAUGAUUUAGCAAAGUCUUCCACAAAGAAGAGUUCCUCAAACAGCUCGCUGAGGAAAAACUCUAGUGGUUUCUCCGUGGCGGACAUUCCAAGCUCCGCGGCUGACAUUCCAAGCUCAGUGAACGGUCAUGUUGACGACACUGAGCCUCUUGUCUCGUGUGCCAAUGUGCCCGACCCAAGAGAGGACAACAGCCGGCCUUCAUCUGACGAGGAUUCAUAUCAGAGACAUGGGAGAAACGAGGGAAACGAUGUUCUUAUUGUGCCGCCCAAAAAACCUGAGAGACAUUUGUACGGAGGGCCUUUUGAUAAUCCCGUUUUCGAUGGGGAGGAGGAGUUAUUAUGAUCAUCGAUCAACCUUGUCAGUCUCGGCCGGAAGUAGGGCGACUCUUUGAGUCUCGAUAUCAUAUUUUAAUCUAGCCACAGCAUGGCCAGAUGUAUUUAUUAUCUGAUGUUACACUGCAUGUAUAGGUGUAAUAUAUUGUCAGUAAUGUGUAAAAACAGGGUGAUAGUUACAAUGAACUUGAUUAAGAAAUUUUGUUAAGUUGCAGCAGGUAUGAAAAUUAGGAGCUCGGGCAAUUUGUUUCUAAUUUUGUGCAAAUUAGAGCUAUGCAGUCGCCUGUGAAAGCAAUUGCUGGCGAUUAAAAAGGCGAUUUUGAGCUAAGAAUCUAGUAGAUAAGGCUUGAGUGGCCAAACUCAUUUUUUUCAGCGGCUGGAUGCGAUUUUGAGUUGUAACAGUUGCGUCAACAAAAAUUGCCCUAUAGCGUUUGUUUUCCAAAUCUGCCCUUUUUGAAAAUGACUUGUAAUUGAAAAUCUAUUUGCAAUUUCCAUAAUCUAACAAUAGUUACACUUUGCACUAAAUGUCGUUCAGAUGUAGACGAUUAAAGAACACCAUUUUAUAAUAAAUCUAACUACUGAAGUUGUUU